AUGCACGAUCACCGCUACGGCGACGGUGCUUCCACCUCUCAGUCUCCGAUCAUGUCCAAGAGAACACUCCAGCUCCAAGCUGAAGAAGCUUUCAUGUCUCAACCACCAUAUCGCACCGCCAGCAUCGCCAAUGAGUCCGACCCUAUCGUCCAAUCCACCCAUCCCAGCCGCUCCGCCCGAGGCAGAGCUCGAGCAGGCACUCUUCCCUCCAGUUGGGGUGAUUCUCUGCCCGGCUAUCAACCGCCUGCCAUCCAACACCGCCAGUCUCCAUUCCCACACAUUCAUUCCAGUCACGCUCUGCGUGCCCAAGCUCCACCCUUGACUGAUCUCGCCAGAGUCAACUCGGCUUCGCAGCUCCCUGCUUCCAACCAACAGUCCCAACUUGCCACAGGCCGAGCUCCUCCAGCUUCUUCCAAUCGUCUUCGAUCUGGAUCGCUUACCCUGCCAACAGCAAACCUUGCCAAUCCCUUUGGUCCUUCGUUUUUUUCAUCAAACUGGCAGCCCACACGGUCUGGCCUGAGCAAUGUGACAUCAGUUGCGGCGGAAGACGAAUCACAAUACCGCUCCACUGACCAGUACAACAAUGAUGGUGGUCCUCGUUUCUCUCUCGUCAAUGCCGACAUGCUCCAGUAUCUCGGCCUAUCCGGAUCCAGUCCACAUAGUCCCAACAGCAACACCAAUCCCAGCUCGGAAACAACGACCGAGUCCGAUUUCAGCUAUACCGACGCCGAUGCUUACCUAGCAUCUGCCCAGCUUCGCAAUCGAUCAUCCACCCUCGCUGGACAACACUUGCGGCCAAGGCUCAAUAACGGCGAAGGACGUGCACGCAGCAGCAGCUAUCUGCCCUCAUUUGCAUUCAGCACUGCAGAGGCAACCGCCGAGACAUCGCCUCAACCACCACAUGGCUCCAACCUCAACAGAUCCGGCAACCUCUCCGGAUCGCAAAGCCCUUAUCCUGGAAACGCACCUCACUCCUCGCUGCUCAACACUGCACUCCACAACCGUCUGCAUCAGUACAAGCCUGCAUCAUCUCAAUACGCAGCAGACAUGAACAACGAUCGCAGUCCCACCAAUGCCUCGCGACCGAGAGCAACCAGCAUGGGUGUCCUUGACCAGCCCAACCCCCGUACUCCUUUGAAUCGUCAGCAGCCUGUCGGUCUCCCAAACAAUCCCAGCGCACCACACAGCGCCUUUGAUUCGAGCUUGACAUCACCGGCGUCUGCAGGCAACCUCAACCUCAUCCUCCCCUCGGGCAGCCUAGCUUCCCACCUGGACACACAGAACGACCUAUCUGCCUUCUUGGUCAACGGACGAAACCGCGCAGGCACCAUUGCAGCCUUCUCGGGUCCUGGAGGACGAGCUAGGGCGGAACAGGAGCUCUUACGCAUGACGCAGAUCCAGUAUGAAGCUCUCAUGGCAAGGGACCCACAAGCACAAACACGCCCGAGCUCUUCCGGACUCGUCGAGUCGCUUCCAUCGCUCGACAUGUACUCGUCUGCCCCUUUGCAACAGCAGAAAGCAAGCACCAGAUCAGGCACAAGCUCGCCCUUUGCCCAGCCCACUCGCUCACUAUGGAUAGGUCACCUCCGUCCAGAUGCUACCAGCCAGGACUUGUUGCAGUCCUUCUCACCUUACGGGCCCAUCGAGACUUUCCGCAUGGUUCCGGAGAAAGCAUGUGCCUUUAUCAACUACGUCGACAUCGUCGAUGCCGUGCGUGCAAGAGACGACAUUGUCGGACGCUUGGCUUGUCGACUUGGCUUUGGCACCAUUGGACCGGAGGGGCAAGUUCGUGUCGGCUUUGGAAAGCCCGAUUCAAUGCCUCAGUCUGGAAUGGGCAGCUUUGCACCUAUGUCCGACUCGUUUGGUGGUGCAGUGGAUGUUGCAGGUACCGAAGUGUUUGGCGCUGAGCCGGCGAACCAAGAGCCUUCACGAGCCUUGUGGAUCGGUUCCGUUCCUUCGACCACUUGCACUGAGGCGCUCAUGUCCAUCUUUUCUUCCUUCGGACCGAUCGAAAGCAUACGCGUCUUGGCCAGUAAGAGUUGCGCAUUCAUCAACUUCCAAAGACUCGACGACGCUAUCAUAGCGAGAAAAGCGUUGAAUGGGAGAGAAUUGUUGGGCACAGAGCUGGGUCCAGUCAAGAUCGGCUUUGCCAAGGUGCAAACGAGGAUCCCCGAGAGCUACUUGGGCAGUCUAGAUCCCGGCUCGCCAGAGUUUCAGGCUGCGAUGGAGACGUUGGCUUCCAUGCAAGCCUCUGCUGAUGGGCACGUCUCGCAAGGUGCAGAGGAGUACCACUCUACUCUGGGACCAGAUCAGCUGUCGCGCCAGCAUCUGCAACUUGGAUCACAAGCACUGGCGCCUAAUCUCAGUAGAGAGCCUUCUCGAGCACCGGCAUCCGCUACCACUUUGUCUUCUGGUAGAGUUGGAAGCUUCCCAACCCACAGCUCAUCCAACAGCAUCGUUCCCAGCAGUGACAAAGGUGGCGUUCCGCUCCCUGCCGAAAUGAAACCGCGCGCGACGGUGAGCGAUCUUCAACAUCUUCUCCGCCAACUUGACGAGGAUGACCCUAAUCUGGAAUCUGAUCUGGCGCGUAUUGCACAAGCUCGUCCUCAGAUCACAUACUUGACUCGCAUUCCGCCAGUUCCCGAACCGCCGCCUUGCAAACGAUUCGACAACAACCGUCUCAAAGAGAUUCGCAAGCGUCUCGAACAACCCUCUUCCACCUCGGCUGACGCGGAUGCCAUCGCCCGCGAUUACUUGCCCUCCAUCGUCGAACUCUCCUCUGACUUGAUCGGCAACACUCUCGUCCAGAAGUUCUUCGAGAGGUGUAGUGAAGCGAUGAAGCGACAGAUGCUGCAACUAAUCGCUCCACACCUCGCCACCAUCGGUGUUCACAAGAACGGCACCUGGGCUGCACAAAAGAUCAUCGAUUGCACCUUUUCCGACGACCAAAAGGCACUCAUCGUCCAAGAGAUCAAAGCCUACGUUCCUCCACUACUGUUGGAUCAAUUCGGUAACUACGUUGUACAACGCUUGAUUCCCUUUGGCGAGCCCCAUGUUGCUGUGGUAUGGGAAGCGAUGGUUGAUCGUUGUUGGGAGAUUGCUCAAGGUCGAUUUGGUGCGAGAAGUAUGCGUACUUGUCUCGAAUUACCUGAGGUUUCUAAGUUCCAUAUUAAGCAGGUUGCGCUUGCUAUUGUGCUCAAUUCUGUUCCAUUGGCGACUAGUCAAAAUGGUGCUCUCCUAGUCACUUGGUUGUUGGAUGCAAUCGCGUUGAAGGGAAGAUUCACCUUGUUGGCUCCUAGAUUUGCUCCGCAUUUGGCGAAUCUUUGUACUCACAAACUAGCUAGUCAGUCUGUCUUGCGCCUAAUGGCGCAGAAAGAGGAUCGUCAGGCAUCAAGGCAGUUGCUUACUCAACUUUUCCAGGCAGAUGGCGCCCGAAGAUUGUUGGAAGAGAUUUUGCUCGAUCAGGUCCAUGGAUCGCAGUUUGUAACCAAGCUUUUUGCCCAACAGGGUUUGUUGCAAGAGCACGAAAGGAUAAGUUUUGCUGAGCAGGUUACAGCGUUGAUGGUCAAGCAUGGUUUGGUGGGGAUGCCGCCUUAUAGGCCGUUGGCGGUGCAGAUGGGGUUGUUGGUUCAGACGAGCGCUAAUUCAUAUGCGUAUCAGAAUGCAACGACAUCAGGGGAUGCGUUGGUUGAGCAAUUGGGAAUGUUUAAUUUAUCCAGUGGCCUAUCAACUUCGGGGAUAGCAGGCGGAGUAACAGCAAGUGCGUUUGGCGCAUUGGGUACGGAUUCAACAACAUUCGAUCCUUGGGCUCAAUCACAGGAACAAGUCUUUGCAACAUUGCAGCAGUAUGCACAACCCUCGAUUAGGCAACAUCAUAAUCAGCAUCAGCAGCAGCAGCAUUCGAGAGCCUUUUAUUAG